AUGGUUAAAAGAUGCGAGUCCUGCAAUAAACACCAAUCAGCGCCAAUGAAAUUACCACUGAUGCAACCAGAUUUGCCGGCAUCACCUUGGGAAAAGUUGGGCGCAGACAUCUUUGAAUUCAACAAAGCAAAGUAUUUAAUGGUUGUUGAUUAUUAUUCAAGAUUCAUGGUCAUACGUCUUUUGAGUGACAUGUCCGCAUCUACGAUUUCCAGUCAUUUCACCAGCAUUCUUGCAGAGUAUGGCCUACCAUCGAUGAUAAUGGUUGAUUUUGGAAGUCAGUUUGUCAGCAAGAAGUUCAGGGAAAAAUGUAAACGAAGCAAUAUAACCUUGACCUUUAGUUCGCCAUAUCACCAUCAAACCAAUAGCUUGGCCGAAAAAAGUGUUGGCAUUUGUAAAUCACUCUGGAAGAAGGCGUUGGAGACUAAACAGUGUCCUUAUGCAGCUGUGUGGAUGUACCGAAUUACCCCUCUCGAUAGUCAGUUGCCAUCGCCUUACGAGCUCCUUUUCGGCCGUAAACCUAGAUCGCUGUUACCGUGGGAGGUCUGCCUUACAAUCAAGGCAUUCCAGUAA